UUACACUCCUACUUGUUCUUGCACCCACCACCAUAACCACAUGACCAAUGACCUAUGACCAUAUCAUAAUUUUUUUUUCCUUUGUUUUUGGGUUUUGGUAUCCAUGGACACCACCUAUUCGAUUGCCCCAUCUAUCUUUUUCCCUAAAAGCACAACCCGCUUCCUACAUAAAGCUGGUUCCUUUCCUCAUUCUCCCAUUCCACACUUCACUCUAUGCUCAACACUGUCACAUGGGUUUUCCAUCUCAUUUCAAAAUGCCCCACAGAGUUAUUUUGUUCCCUUAGCCCCACCUACCCCUUUUGAUGAUGCUGCUUCUGUUCUAGCACAGCCGUUUUUGCAUCAAUGGCUCAUAACUCACAGAACAGUAGCACCUGCUUUGAUGAUGAUUUUGAAUGUGAUGGAACGGAUGAUUCUAGAAUCUUGCAUUGCUGGAACCACCGGAACCUUCACUCUGAAUAUGAAGAUGGUGGUGGAUCGGAGGAAUUAGCAUGUGCUGUGCCCCAGAGUGAGGAAACUGUGAGGGCUAUGGUGGCGAGAGAGAGGGAGCAUUUCCCGAGGGUUGAUUACUUGCAGAGACUAAGGAGCGGGAAGUUGGCUUUGGGUGUUAGGAGGGAUGCACUUGAUUGGAUUUGGAAGGCUCAUGCUUAUUUUGGCCUUGGACCCUUGAGUUUUUGUUUGGCUGUGAACUACUUGGAUCGCUUCCUAUCGGUUUUUGACUUACCGAAAGGUGUAAGUUGGACUGUGCAAUUGUUAGCUGUAGCGUGCUUGUCAAUUGCAGCUAAAAUGGACGAGAUUAGAGUGCCUCAAUCUGUAGAUUUACAGGUUGGGGAACCAAAGUUUGUGUUUGAAGCUAAAACCAUUAAAAAAAUGGAACUAAUGGUCUUAAGCAAGUUGAGAUGGAAAAUGUAUGCAUUAACUCCUUAUUCCUUCAUAGAAUACUUCCUUAGCAAGAUCACUUGUGAGAAACACCCAACAAAAUCAUCCAUUGCAAUAUCAGUGCAGCUCAUCCUCCGUAUAAUCAGUGGUAUCGACUUCUUGGAAUUCCGGCCUUCUGAAAUUGCUGCUGCGGUGGCAGUUUCUGUUUUAGGAGAAUCACAAGCGAAAGAUAUGGAUAAGUCCAUUGCUGAUCUCUUUAUAGUAGAGAAGGGUAGAGUUCUAAAGUGUGCUGAAUUGAUAAGAGAUUUGUCCUUGAACAAUGUUGCUGCUAGUGUAGGAAGCAAGGUGCAACAUGUGCCUCAAAGUCCUAUGGGGGUGAUGGAUGCUGCUGGGUGCUUAAGUUAUAAGAGUGAUGAAUUAACAGUUGGAUCAUGUUUAAAUUCUUCACAUGAUAGUCCAAACACUAAGAGUAGUAAAGCAGAAGGACCUUCUAAUGAACCUCCAAGUGAUGAAAUGUGAAUUUUCUUCCUUCACCAAAGUUCAUUUUGUUUGGUUUGUCUUGGAAUUCCUUGGAAACAUUCUCAACGAGAGUGUGUUUCGGAUUAAUAAGAUGUGAGUUUAAGUGGUUCCGUGGGUAGGAGGUGUUAACAGUUUUGGUUUAUAGUCAGAUUACUUGAACAGCUACAAAAACUUAGGAUGUGGAGGCACAGCCACAACAUGCCAAGUAUGAAUGUAAUAUGUGGAGGUGAGAGCUAUAAUUAUUGUUCAUGUGAAAUGAUCCUAACUUCUCAUUUUGGAAGAGAAUUGAUACAUAAAGUAAUUUUUGUUGGGUUGUUUA